UGCGACUCAGCCUCCUACAGUAAGGGGUUGACUGGUCGAGUUCCAGCUGGGAACCCUGCCGGCAAUCGAUCAUGGAACCCAAUGUUUUUGCGCGUCCCCACAUAUUGGAUGACGCAGGCCAGUCGAAGCUACACAUCACGCACUCGGCAUUUUGAGGCCGGAUAUAUAGUGUCGCAUAGGGUCGAUGAUCUACAUAUUCGAUAACUCAUACGAGCCUUUUGCCUAAGGAAUUCGACACAACGCUAUGUAAUGAUCAUUAGGGUUAAUUUGGGCUCGUGUCACCACAUUACCUACUUCUUAUCUCUUUCUAGUGCUCUAGGGCUUUUUUGCGUUUUUAAUGGAUAGGUAGUAAAUGAGGUGCGGUUUGAAUCGGUAGCCCCCAGCCCCUUGAAACGGUUCCAACAAAGUUGCGAGCAAGAUUUUACCUUAACCUGGGGGUUGUGAGACACGCAACGCUAACUAGCAAACAAACAUUUCCGAAUUCUCAACCUUUUACAAUACAAACUGAGAGAGUUUAAAAACCCGUGCUCUUAUACCCUUACAUAAUUUAUCCAUCCGAGUUUAAAAUAAAAUAGUUUGAAAGACUUAUCAUAUACAAAGAACUUACACAAAAUACUAUGUCGACAAACACGCUAGGCCCCCUAGUCCGCCUACGGGGCCUGCGAACGGAGCAGCUGCCCGCGGCGUCCGCGUCGCCGGACGACCUCGCGCCGUUUUUGCUCGCCAUCCUGCAGGAGGCCGUGCCAUUCAUCGACUCCGCGGCGCCCAAAGCUUCCGGCGACGCCAAGCCCGACCCCAAGAUCUGGAAGCUCAAGGGGACGCACACGCACCCGGAUUCCAAGGCUAAGGUCGAGGUGCUGGAGCGCGUCAUCCCGGCCGCCGAGCUGGAGAAGGUGGAGUCUAGGAGCAGCGCGGCAAGCGAGGGUGGCGGAGAAAGCAAGGGCGGUGGGGGAAAGGACGCGAAGGUGAAAGGCGAGACGUGGUGCUGCCGCCGCAGCGUGCACGCGGACGCGGCGGAGCGCGGGACGGCGAGCUGGGAGGAGUUUGUUGCGGCCUUCCGCGAGGAGCACGCGCAGUCGGAGAAGGCGUUCACGCCGGCGUGUCUGGCGGCGCACGAGGCGCAGAGCUGGGACUGCGCGGGCGUCGAGGUCGAGGAGGGGGGCGUCCGGUGGGGCCGGUUCAAGUUGGUUGUGGAGGAGAUGCGGCACCGUAUUGGGAAGCCGGUGCUUAAGGACCGUACGUUUCCUGUUUUGCAGAUGACGGCGGCGGCGCUGGGGUCUGGGACCGGGGGGGAGGGGGGAAGGGAGUUCGUGGUCGCGAGUAUCCCGGUGCCGGAUUAUGGGGAGAGGUCUGAUAAGAGCAAGUUGGCGAGGGAGAAGGGCGCGCAGGUCGCGUUCUAUGUUAGUGUGGAGCGCAUACGCGGCAUCGGAGGAGGAGAUGGGGGCCAAAGGAAGAUCGAGUGGUUGAUGGCGACGGCGAGUGAUGCCGCGGGCGUUCUGCCCGCCUGGGUGCAGAAUCUGGCGGCGCCGGCGGUUAUCUGGAAGGACGUGCCCUUGUUCCUGGGGUGGAUCGCGAGGGAGAGGGGGAGGAGGGCGCAGACGAAGGAGGCAGCGCCUAACGGGGGAGGGAAGAAGGAAGAGAAGGCCAAGAGCCCAGAUGCGGACGGUGAAAGGGCGGCGUUACCGCGGGUUUCGUCUGGGGUGGAAGUUGGCAGUUUGCCUACGGUUUCGGAGGAGACGUCGAAUGACCCCGAACUCGAUGCGCAUACGGGUCCCGAGGUCACUACCGGGGUGGAGGUUAGUCAGACGGCGAAGGUCUCGGGGAGCGCUUGAUUCUAUCUGAGGAAUCUUUGGGGAGUCGCUGGGGGGAACAGCUGGAGGAAUUAAUGGUACGGUAUGGUCGGGUAUACCCCAGCGUGGCUUAGGUUGCUUUUUCCUCGCUCGGAGAGUAGACGUGUUAUAGGGAGCAAUAUGUCCUAAGUGAUAUCCAUGGAUGGAUAAUGAGAGUUACCCAUAGUCAAACACCGUAAUUAGGAGGAUCACCACUCUAGUAGGUUGUAUAUACAGAAAUCCCAUAUUGUCUUGUACUUCUUUUCAUUGGUCAAAGUAUACGCUUUGUGAUAUGCCUACCCAGUAGGUAUUCGUACCUAAGAGACUGACUGGGCCAUUGUGUGUGUUAUACUCGUUACAGGUCGUUCUUAUGACGAAUGAAUCUAGGAGUCCACGUCUAAGAGAGUGUGGAGAAUGCGUGAUGAUAUAACAAGAUAAUUCAUUAUGACUCUUACCGAAACAUAAAUCAAUACAAUGGAGUCAUAACAUAUGGAUAUCUUGUGCUUUUAAUAGAUGCUAUGAACGUAUUGCUUACG